UGCUUAGCGACACCGCGAGUACAACCUUUCUUAAAGUACAAUCUUUUCUCACGGAGAUACCCCUAUUGCAUUCCAAGAAUGGCUUCUAGCGCUGUGCAAAAGUUCCGCCCCGUUGUGGUCUCAGGACCGUCAGGAACCGGAAAGUCGACUCUCCUGAAGAGGCUCUUUGCCGACUAUCCGAACACCUUCGGCUUCUCAAUCUCGCAUACCACGCGAAGCCCUCGUGCGGGUGAGCAAGACGGCCGCGAGUACUAUUUUGCAACAAAGGAAGACUUUCUCGACUUGGUCAGCAAGAACGGCUUCAUUGAACAUGCGCAAUUUGGAGGCAAUCACUAUGGUACUAGUGUCCAAGCUGUGAAGAACAUCGCUGAGCAGGGUAGAAUCUGCAUUCUUGAUAUUGAGAUGGAAGGUGUGAAGCAGGUAAAGCGCACGGAUCUCAAUGCGCGCUUCUUGUUCCUGGCCCCUCCCUCGGUGGAAGAGUUGGAGCGGAGACUGCGUGGACGAAACACCGAGACAGAAGAAAGCCUGAAGAAACGUCUCGCGCAGGCUAAAAAUGAGCUCGAAUACGCCAAGGAGCCGGGCGCUCAUGAUAAAAUCGUCGUCAAUGAUGACCUUGAGAAAGCUUAUGCUGAGUUGAGGGAUUUCAUUGUCGACGGCGAUAACUUUGGCGCUCAGCGAUAGUGUGAGACCAUCAUUUGCUCUGUAUCUUAGACGCACAUAACGACUUCAACUUGUCGGCUCAUCGUCAUUAAUUUAGCUUAGAACCACCGGAAUGAUUACACUGCCUUCCGACUUUCCGCAUGAAGCGAUCUACAAUUAUUCCUCUCACUGGAGCCAAGAUAAAUAAAUACAUGAAACGACGAUACGAUUGAUGCCUAGCGCUUCGUUGCUAGCUUUUAUUUGAUCUGCGAUGAAAAGGCCAUAGGAAAUCACGAGGUCGUUAGGUCACUUAGGUCACUUCCUCACAAAUAACAUUGUUCAAGUGACGACGGGUACGAUCAAGGAAUUAUCAAGUUAAACAGGAUAUCUGUAGAAGCAUGCCGAGAUGAA